UUUGAAGUUUUCCGGAAAGCGGAGGCAAUGGUCUUUCUGCAAUAUGAUUGGCUACGUAUCGCUUUACCACGUCUGGUUGGACGAGUUGUAAACAACUUAUACAUUAGCUAACAUUUUUGAGCUUGAAUGUGGUACAGUCAUCUAUUUCCCAUAUAGCAAUAACAGUAAAAGCAAAAAUCUAGCAUGCAGUUAUCUUUGAUACAACUCAUUUAAGAAGUGCUAACAUCUAUAUAAAUACUGAUUUCUUUUCAAAAUUACAACAUGAGCAAACACGGCUCCUCAAGAAAUUCUUCUAGAAAUAAGAAAUCGCACAAUAAAGCUUUUCACCACAAGCACAGAAAUGAUAAAGAACAUAAUGAAAAAAGCAUGGAAGAGUGUUUUUCAGAAUGUAAUUUGGAUGAUGCGGAUUCGACAGAAAAGCAUUUACAAUUAGAUGAAGAUUUCAAAUAUCACAUCGAUGUGCCAUUUCCUGUUGCAAUGUGGGAUUUAAAUCAUUGUGAUCCAAAGAAGUGUUCUGGUAGGAAACUGCUCCGUUUAGGGCUUAUUAAAACCCUUAAACUUGGGCAAAGAUUUAAUGGAAUCAUAUUAAGUCCAAUUGCCACAACAUCUGUAGGACCACAAGACAGAGACAUCAUUGCAGAACAUGGAGUUGCUGUUGUGGAUUGCUCAUGGGCUCGCUUAGAAGACACGCCAUUUAACAAAAUGAAAGGCCAAAAUUUACGACUUUUACCUUACUUGGUCGCUGCUAACCCUAUAAACUUUGGAAGACCUUGCCAGCUUUCUUGUGUUGAAGCAAUUUCAGCUGUUUUUCAAAUAACAGGUUUUGAAGAAUUAUCAAGAGCUUAUCUUCAUCAGUUUAAAUGGGGACACACUUUUCUCAGUUUAAAUGAACAAUUAUUUGAUUUGUAUUCGGCAUGUGGAACCUCAGCAGAGAUUGUGUCUGCCCAAGAAAAUUAUUUAAAAGAACUUCAAAAUGAACGUGCAGCUAGAAAAGAUGAAAUUGAUUUACCCCCUUCAGAUGAUAGCACAGAGGAGAGUGAUGAGCAAGAAGUAGAACAAACAGUGUAAAAUAGAUAAAACAUGUAUUAAAAAUGUAAAUAAAAUAUUCUUUUACAGAAGAUAAAAUCAAUG